AGUCUUCGCGUCUUGCGAUCAGUUUCGUUUUCUUUUCUUAUUAUCUUCAUUUGUUGAACACAGAGAAAAAACAAAGCUAUACUUUAUUGAAACUUCGUUAGUAAUUUCUACUUUGAACUCACUUUCGUGAUGAGUCAGAACAGUCCAACUAACUAGUUUUAUAUAGUUUGACCAGCCAAAAAAGAGGGAGUUAUAUUGAAUCUCAAUGUAGAGUUUUUUUUCUUUUUCGUUUAUAGUCAGGGAGUGUACGGCGGAGUCCGAAGUCCAACCGACUAAUCUCCUGGAACUUGUCCACCAACGCCAGAUAAAUUCGUGAAUUUUGCAAUUGGAUUGGAGAUGCUCUAAAGCCGGCCACCUUUUAAUCCAAGAGAACCAAACAUGAAUCCAAACUCCGACAACAACCAAAGAUGGGAGGCGAAGCUGAAGGACUUAACUUCUAACGUGCAGCAGAUACAAGACAACUUGUUGGAGGAGAUACUCACACCAAACCUGAACACAGAAUACCUCCAACGUUUUCACGUCGAGAGGUUUGAUAAAGAGUUCUUCAAGAAGAACGUACCGGUCGUGUCCUAUGAAGAUAUUAAGCCCUAUAUCGAUCGUGUCGUGAAUGGAGAGUCAUCCGAUGUCAUAUCGGCCCGCCCUAUUACUGGUUUCUUGCUAAGUUCUGGAACUUCGGGAGGAGCACAAAAGAUGAUGCCAUGGAACAACAAGUACUUGGACAAUUUAACAUUUGCAUACGAUCUUCGUAUGCAUGUUAUAACCAAGCAUGUGAAAGGUUUAGAACAAGGAAAAGGAAUGAUGUUUCUCUUCACUAAAGAAGAAGCCAAAACUCCUUCUGGCUUGCCUGCUCGAGUCGCAACAAGCAGCUAUUUCAAGAGCGACUACUUCAAGAACCGGCCAUCGAACUGGUAUUACUCGUAUACGAGCCCUGAUGAAGUCAUACUAUGUUCUAACAACACCCAAAGUCUCUACUGCCAUUUGCUAUGUGGCUUGGUCCAAAGAGACGAGGUUGUGAGAAUGGGUUCCAUCUUCGCUUCAGUCAUGGUCCGAGCAAUCAAGUUUCUUGAAACUUAUUGGGAAGAGUUGUGUUCAAACAUUCGUUCAGGCCGUCUCAGCGAGUGGAUCACAGACCCUGGUUGUCGUAGUUCCGUGUCUUUAGUCCUUGGAGGACCACGUCCAGACUUAGCAGACACGAUUGAGACAAUAUGCAACCAGAGUUCUUGGAAAGGUAUAGUCACAAGACUUUGGCCAAACACCAAGUAUAUUGAGACCGUUGUUACCGGUUCAAUGGGACAGUACGUUCCCACCAUGAACUACUACUGUAACGACUUGCCUCUCGUUUCAACAACGUACGGUUCUUCGGAGACUACGUUCGGGAUCAACGUAGAUCCUCUGUGCAAACCUGAAGAUGUCUCUUAUGCUUUCAUGCCUAACAUGUCUUACUUUGAGUUCAUAACAAUGGAUGGAGACAAGCGUGAUGUGGUUGACCUUCAAGAUGUGAAGCUUGGGUGCAGUUAUGAACCCGUGGUCACAAAUUUUACUGGAUUAUAUAGAAUGAGAGUGGGAGAUGUUCUUUUGGUGACUGGUUUCUACAACAACGCACCUCAGUUUAAGUUUGUAAGAAGAGAGAACGUUGUCUUGAGCAUAGAUUCAGACAAAACCAACGAGGAAGAUCUCUUUAAGGCUGUGAGUCAAGCCAAGCUCGUUCUUGACUCAUCAGAUCUCAUUCUUGUAGACUUCACCAGCUAUGCAGACACCUCAACAUUUCCUGGUCAUUAUGUGCUCUAUCUGGAAGUAAAAGCCAAAGAGGGGAGCAAUCAUCUGGAGCUUAAUGAAGACGCAUUCUCCAAGUGUUGUUCAGUGAUAGAGGAUUCACUUGACAAUGUUUACAAGAGAUGUAGGUUCAAAGAUGGAUCUGUUGGAUCUUUGGAGAUAAGAGUGGUGCGUCAAGAGACGUUUGAUGAUCUCAUGGAAUUCUUCAUCACACAAGGUGCUUCCAUUGGUCAAUACAAGACUCCUAGAUGCAUUAAAUCAGGAAAGGCCUUAGAAUUUAUGGAGGACCGUGUGGUUGCAAGGUUUUUUAGUACUUGAAAUUGUUGUUCUUUGAAUUGUUGGUCCAAGUGACUCGUUGUGGAGUCUUAGUUGCAAUAAAUUUACAUGUGCCAGUCUAUCUUGUGCACUCUGAA